AUGAGCUUCUUCAUGGAGCUAUUUCAUUUCAAGUUCAUUGUCCUCCUCCACAUGCUUCUCUUUAUGGAGCUUUUCUUGAUCAUCUGUGAUGCUACUGGCCAAUGCCUUGAAGUAGAGAACUCAACACUUUUGCAGCUAAAAAAAGGUUUUGUCUCCAGAAAUCUAAAGUCCUGGCAAUCAGGAACAAACUGCUGCAUUUGGGAGGGCGUGACAUGUGAUGAAUAUGGAAGGAUCAUUGGGCUAAACCUAGAGCUUAAAUUAAUCACCGGUACAAUCAAUCCUAGCCUCUUCAAUCUCACAUCUUUAAAAACUCUAAAUCUUUCCUUCAAUAACUUUGAUGGAAGUCCCAUUCCAGACUUUGGGUGGGAUAGGCUUGUAAAUCUUACAAGCCUUGAUCUUUUUCGUACUGGAUUUAAUGGGAAGGUUCCUACUAGUAUAUCUCGCUUGACAAAAUUGACUUUCCUCACCCUCUCCAGCAGUUCUAGGCAUUCUUUAGCUAUUAAUCCGAUGAUUUUGCAAAACAUGAGCAGUUUGAAGGAGCUUAUUCUUGAAAAUUUAAAUGUCUCAUCAUAUCGGGAUGAAUGGUGUGGUGUUCUGGUCAAUUCCACCCCUGUACUUGAGAUAUUAAGCAUGCAUAAAUGCUCCCUUUUUGGUGCCAUUUGUUCCUCUCUACCCAUGCUCCCGCUCCCUUUUUUAUCCAUUAUCAAUUUUGGGCAUAAUAAUUUGGACUCUAACAUCCCUGACUCAUUUGCCAAUUUUUCUUCCUUAUCUUACCUUAACCUUCAACAAAACAAUUUCAAAGGCUUUUUUCCCAAUCAAAUAUUUCAACUGAGAAAUUUGAAAUUUCUUGACAUCUCAUAUAAUCCAAUGCUUUCCGGUAAUCUUCCUGAUUUUCCAAAGUACAAUAUUUUAAAUUCUUUGGUCACUUCUAAUACCAAUUUAUCAGGGAAUUUACCUGAUGCAAUAGGCAACCUUAAGUUUUUGACAUUUUUAGACCUCUCAAGUUGUCAAUUCUAUGGUACAAUGCCAUCUUCCAUUGGUAAUCUAUCAGAGCUCGAGUACUUGGAUCUAUCAUAUAACAAGUUCAAUGGAGUUGGGGGGUUUGAGCUCCCCUCCUAUACUAUUUCACAAUCUCAUUUAUUUUGGCUUUCUCUUGCGAAUACUAACCUGAUUGGAGAAAUUACACCAUUUAUCUGCAACUUAACUGGACUCAUGAUGCUUAAUUUAUCUAAAAAUAAGCUAACUGGUACUAUUCCACCAUGUUUGCUAGAAGGUGGAAUCAAUCUCCGUGUGUUAAAUCUUAAAGGAAAUCAACUUCAUGGAGCAAUACAUCAUGGAAUAAGUCAAGAAUGUAAGCUGGAAAUCAUAAAUCUGAGAGACAACCAAUUAAAGGGAUUGCUUCUCAGGUCUCUAUCUAAUUGCCAAUCACUUAGAUAUUUGGACUUGGGGAAUAAUAACUUGAAGGACACAUUUCCUUACUGGUUAGGAAAUAUGCUUUCUCUACGUAUCCUUGAUCUAAGAUCUAAUAAAUUCUAUGGGUUAAUUGAGCCUUCUAUUGGAAGCUAUGAAACAAGUUAUGCUUUUUCUACGAUACAG